AAUUAACAGAUAUGGUAAUAAAGAGAGGAAGUCAGAUGUCUAAAGAGGAUUGGUUUUAAUAAAGUUUAAACAGGAUACUUAUUAAUCACCAGAUAAUGACAUUUUCUAUGGCUUAAUAUCAACAUUACUUCACCCAAGGAACAAAUAUCAACUGAACUUACAGUCAGAAUUGAUUCAACAAAACAAUGAGGAUCAUUAUCUCUUUACAAAGGUUUAUUGGCUCCUGUAAAUGACGACAAUUGUCUUUGAACACCUAACAAUGAUUUCAAUGUCAUGUAAAAAAUUGGAAUGACAUUAUUUUUUACCACAACAUAUUAUGAAAUAUGAGCAUUAAAAUGGAACAGUAGAACAAGAUUUCAAUAUGGCAUACAAUGGAACCAUUAGUGACACGGAACAAUUGUCUUUCCAAGAAAUGAUGACGAAAGAAAUUUGGCAAAACUUUAUGAAAUGUAAUGAAACUGUUCUACAUAAACCAUAUCCGUCAGAUGGAUAUCUGUAUUGUAAUGCUACUUUUGAUGGGUAUGAUUGCUGGGACUAUGCUAGAGCAGGAACAAGAACAUAUGGUAAAUGUCCAGACUUCCUCAAACAUCAGUUUGGCCAUCACUUAGGAUUACCAUAUAAGGACUGUAACAUUGAUGGUACUUGGUAUAGACAUCCGGACUCUGAUAGAGUAUGGACAAAUUAUUCCCCAUGUUCGGAUACAGAGAAAGUUAGGAGAGCAGAAAACGUGCUGUAUGUUUAUUUUAGUGGUUACAGUUUGUCUGUUGUAUGCUUGGUCAUAUCCUUAUUGAUAUUUACUUGCUUCAGACAGCUGAAAUGUACAAGAGUGACAAUACAUAAGCAUUUGUUUAUAUCCUACAUCAUUACAGCCCUUCUGUGGAUAUCUUAUUAUGCUACGAGUUCGUUCGAUCCUCAAGUUUACGUAAAUAACCCGGUUUGGUGUCGGAUUAUACAUGUCCUUGCCCAGUAUGCAACAGUGUGCAAUUAUGCCUGGAUGUUUUGUGAAGGGUUUUAUCUACAUACCAUACUAGUUAUGACGUUCACCAGAGAAAAAAUACUAUUAAUAAUAUGUUAUAUAACUGGAUGGGGCAUACCAGUGCUUCCAAGUGCAAUCUAUUCAUUUUUGAGAUCAUCAAACCCAGUGAUUGAUAAGAAUUGCUGGCACAAAGAUACAUACUUGAAAUAUAUUUUCUCUGGUCCAAUUGCAGUUUCACUGAUUGUAAAUUUUAUUUUCCUUAUAAAUGUGCUGAGAAUUUUGUGCUCAAAGGUCAGAUCUAUGAACCAGCAAGAGUCCAAUCCAUUCAGACAGUCACUGAGAGCUACAUUGAUUUUAAUCCCCUUAUUAGGAGUCCAGUGUUUUGCAAUACCACUGCGACCUGACGAAAGUGAUGAGUAUGGACAAUAUAUUUAUGAUAUGAUAUCAGCUUUUCUAGCAUCAUUCCAGGGCUUUCUGGUGUCAUUGUUGUUUUGCUUUUUGAAUGGAGAGGUAUUAUUUUUGAUGAAAAAUCAAUAUGUUCUGGUUCGCCGACGUAUGAGUCGUACAGAGACUACAGGGAAAAGUUUCAUAUAUUCGGCCGUUCAACAAGCAGACGCAAAUGCAAAUAGAAAAAGAUCGAUUCAGUUGGCAAACCAAAAAAUAUACUGUAAACCUGAACUUACUGGAACAACUCAACAUCAGCAAUUAGAGGAUCAGCAUUAUAUUUUGGACCAGACAACAGAUGUAUGAAAUUUGUUUAAAAACAAAGUGCCUUUAAAGCAAAUAAACUACAAACUACAGCACUAUAAUGAAAUGCUAACUGUGCGCUUUACAAAUAAGUUAAAAUCAAGACAUUAUAGAAAAAUAUAUCUGCAGAGCACAUAUACAUACACAUUUGUCUAAUAUCGAGUUCGUAUCCUGCUGCUAUUCCGUCCAUAUCUACUAUAGAAGAUGAACCUGUAUCGUAACUUUAAAGAAUUUUAGACAAUUUAUAAAUAACAGGUCUGUCUGAUUUUGCUUCAUGAUUUACCUUUUAUAACUUGUUUUCUUGUAAAACUCAUUGCAACCCUCUAUUCAGUAAAACAGAUGUACAGAAAUGUAAUUUUAAUCAUAUUUAAGGAUUGUUUUAGACAUGAAUUAUUUUAUAAGUUGGUGGGGCGGGGAAGUUAAAGAAAUUUUGACAGAACAUUCGUUGGAAAGAAAUGUCCUCCACUCAGAAAAUAUUAGCGUUCAUCUCCACCCCGAUAAGAGAAAUUUGAAAAUUACUGCAUUUUUUAUAUUAACAAGAUGUCAAGUUAUCCACAAAUAAACUGCGAGUUGCCAUUUUGAAAUUUAUAACAUAGUGACCGAUAAAACGAAUUUUAAAAGAAUAAAUUGCAAGUUUCUAUGAUCUUGGUUAAAAAUCACGUUGCACUGAGAUAGAGUGUUCGAGGAAACAUGGUGAUGAUUAAGAGAUAACUGUAUUGUAUUUGAAGCUUUGCGGACGUCCAUCGGUAGUUUUACUGUCGCAAAUUGAGUUUACCUGGCGACGCGUAGCAACCCUCUAUUCAGUAAAACGCGUAGGAACCCUCUAUUCAGUAAAACAGAUGUACAGUUAUCUCUAUUCUAAUGCAAAAUAAACAAAUCAUUCAAUUUUAGUCAUUAUUUCAUUGUAAAAUUUUCACUAAACGAAAAUUCCGCGAAAUCAUAUUAUCUUCUUUGGCGCCUAAACUAGGUGACGUCAUAGGUAUGCUUCCGGCGUCAAACGUAAACACCGGGCGUUUUCUGGCUACUUGUCCGCCUCAAAAUGUAAUAAAAUUUGAUAAAAAAAAGAUUUCUAGGUGUAAAAUGUGAGUUUUUUGGCGUUUUAUUGGAGAAAUUACAUGUCAAUACAUUCCAGAAUUCAAAAUGUCGGCCUCCUUAGUUACAGACAGGGAGAUAGAGAAUUUUACGCUUAUUGUCAUCCAAUCAAAACCAUUGAUACAAAAUAAUUGCAUUAUAAUUAAUACUAAUUGUAAGUAUGCAGUAUGAUAUAUAUGACAAAGAUGAUUAUUCGAAGGAAAAAAAUCAUUUAACUGUUGUUCUUGUUAAACUGCAUUGUUUUUCUCGGACUUUACUAGGAUUGUGGUUAUAACAUACUGUCCUAUGAGAAGCAAGGGCACAAUAAACUGUUUCAAUACUCCAUAUUUAUAUAUUUGAAUAUACCUAUACAAAGAGGAAUACUUUGACAAUAACAUAGUUAUGUAAUUUAAAUAAUUAACAUGUUUACAAUAUAUAUACUAUGGUGUUAAGAAUAAUCUACAUAUUCAUGUUACAACAUAAAUAUAUACAAAAUGAA